AUGAUUAAGCCCCAAGAAAGAUUCCUCUCUGACAACCAGGGCUAUUUCGGCCGCAAAGAGAACCCCUUAACCGAAGCCCAUUGCAACGUCUGGGAUUGGGAUCAACUGCGGAUGAUCAAGGUCAAAGGCAGCGCCAAAGUGUUACCGCCAGAGGAGGACAAAGAGUGCCUCAUUCUGGCGCAAUUUGCCGAUCACCUGUCACCGCAAGUUCGCUCAAUUACAGUCGACGAUGAUGGGCUUCUUACUGAAGUCUCAAUGGAUCCAAAUGAGGAUGACACUUUAUUUGUUGCAUACCUUCCCUUCUCGAUGAUUAAAUCGCUCCCUGGUUGCUCGCUUGCCGAUUGCCGUACAAUCUAUUACUCUGAACUCGAAGAGAUUGAUCGACUUGGACCAAGCGUUGAUCUUUUAUCCUAUGAAGACGAAUCUGGGACUCCUCAGAGGGUUGCCUUUAAAUUCAACGUGAUACAAAGGCCUUUAAGCAUCCGGAUGGCCUGGGACGAAGUCAACAUCCUUAAGUGUCUGCCGCCGCAUCCUAAUAUAGUACCAUUUGAUCGUGUUGUUCUCGAAGACGUGGAAUCUCGGGUGAUAGGAUUCACAACAAAGUAUAUCCCAGGCGGAACUCUCGCCGAUCCAACCAAUCUGAAUGUACCGUUCCGAUUUGAGUGGCUAGAACAGCUUACCCAACUUGUGGAUUUCCUAAAUCUCGAACUAGGGAUCAUGCAUCAAGAUAUUGCACCCCGGAAUCUGCUUAUCGAUCCUGAUACAAAUAAGAUCCUUCUCUUCGACUUCAAUUGGGCUGUAUCUAGGAAGGAACUUUUGCUAGAUAGCCGCGAUGAUGUGAUUGGCGUCGUAUUCACGCUAUACGAGAUUAUCACAAACGAUACGCACUUCACGAGCAUUCCCCACUGGGAUCGACAGAUGGACAUGGUUCAGAGUAUAUCGGAGUGGACUUGCAACCGUGAACUUGACUCUGACGUAUCGAAAUUCCGCACCUUUUUGAAUGAAUGGGUUGCGAGACGCAAUGGGGACAUGGAAAGAUAUAUCAACGCACCGAACCGACUUACAUGGCCGGACCUGCCAACCCCGCCCGACCAUAGUGUGCCUUUCCAGCUAGGCAAUACCCGGGACGGAGAGCCAUAUAUGAGAACAGGCGUGCGGUCUCGGCGCACCGCAAUGAAGCUGGGGCAGUAUUGCUUUCGCUGGGAGAGGCCACCUCAGAGCAGGUUGCUGAAAAUGGCCAAGAAUGGUGUAUGA